AAUUACUUAUGCAUAUUUCAAACAUGCAUAUACCUGUACCUCCCUUUGUUCUUUGGCUGCUUGGACUUAGAAUCUUCUUGACAAGUCUAUAAGGUUUUGGUGAAGGCGGAAUGUUGCUCUGGCUAAUGCUCCCUACUUAAAGAACUAUUUGCCACACAGCUUGCUCCUUCUCUCACAUAUAUACUUGAAGACUAGACAUCCACAAAGGUGGGAGGGGUUUUUAAUAUUAUUGUUUAUUUGGAAUGAUCAGCUGUUGAAGUUUCAUCCAUUGAAGACCAUGGCAAGAUGGCAGAAAGUCUCCUUUCUCAUGCUCCUGUGCUUUCUGAUUCACAUUCAAGGUCAAGAUGAUUUCGAUUUAGCAGAUGCACUUGAUGAUACUGAGGAAAUCACAAGGAAACCUAAUCCAAUUACUAGAAAACCAGGAUCAGGUAUUUACCCCAAACCCAACCCACCUAAUCGUCCUCAACCUGGAAUCUAUGACAAUCCUGGAGGUAAUAUUAAUGAUUUAGAUUUGGAUGAUGGACGCUACCCACCCAAACCUAGACCUCCAGCAGGAGGAGGUGGAUAUCAUUCCAAUAAUUUUGGCAACACACAUGGAGGAGGGGGCUAUAACUCCAAUUAUAAUAACCAUGGAGGAGGGGGAUAUAAUCCCAGUUCUCAUUAUGGAAAUAAUUAUGGUGGAGGAGGAUAUUCAAAUUAUGGAAACACACAAGGUGACUCAGUAGCUAGAAUUGUUUCUCCUAUUGUUUCUGUGGUUGUGGUAUCACUUAUUGGAGCAGCAACUAGCUAUUUUGCUUAUAACCGGAGGAGAAACUGCUGCAGAACAAAUGAGCCAGAGAAUGUUUGAAGGAGGCAAGCAAUCUGCAAUGAUUUUCACAUGAACUGGAAUAAGAUGGGAAUGGACAUUUAUAAUAUAUAUGCCAUAUAGUAUUUUUUUUAAUGUUGUGGGUGUAUAAUGUAGAUCCACCAAUUAAAUCCACCUAUUAAAACAAAUUUCUUCUCCUAAAAUCUCUAAUUCAUCUAAAUUAGAAUUCUAAUUUUCUUUGUAUAAUGAGGAUGCAAAGAUAUUUAUCUGAAGUUUAAUGAUUUUUUUGAAAAAAAGAAGUCUGAUCUAAUGGUUAUAUUAUUUAAUGUGAAAAUUAGGAUUUGCACACUGUUCAUAGUUCUUAAAAGCCCUUUUAUAAUAAUAUAUAAAUGUUUUAACUCUAGUACUUGUGGCAUAAAGCCUGACUGGCAUUCCCAAUUCAUCUACAUUUAUUGAGAAAGAAAACAUGAAAAGAUAGCCCAUUCCAAUGAUAUUUUUGUUGGGAAAGUCACCAACACAAAUGAUGAGUUUUUAUUUCAACUAUAAGCUUUAAUUAUGAAUGAAAUUGAACUACUUAUUUCCAACAUUGAUAGAAAAGCCUGAAUAUUAUAAUGUUGGCUUAUAUUUCUGUGACACUUAGGGCAUAAUUAUUAGGAGAAAACAAAAUGGCAUUAUUAAAUUGAGAUUAUAAAUGCAAAGUGCUAAAAACAAAAUUUCUAAAUCAAUGAUUCUGAAACCUGAUACAUUCUUCUUGGGAUUUUUUUCAAAAAAUAAGAGCUACAAUAUAGGCUACUUUUGAGUCACAAUAACUUUUAGCCUUUUAAUUUAUUAUCAUAAGUACUCAGAUACAAUUUAUAUUAAUAUUCUACUUCCUCCAAUGUAAUACUUUUGCAGCAUCAUAUAUACAUUUUUAAAUGUAGAUUUCAACAAUUGUACUGAAAUAUUUUUAUAUGAAUGUGUGAUUUCUACCAAAUAGAAUGCGAGCUCCUUUAUGGUGAGGAUUUUUUCUUUUCAUUCUCAUAUCCCUAGGAUGCAGCAUGGUGUGUGAUACUUCAGUGGCACUUAUUACUCCUUUUUGAUUGAUUAAUUAAUAAGACAUAUAUGGUACUAGUUUCUGAGGGAAAACUAAAGAAGUAGUUGUUCAUGGCAGUUUUGCUCAGCGAUGUUGGGAAAAAAUGGCAGUCACCUCCUUGGUUUAUGCAGUGGAAAAGCUUAACUCUUCCUAAGAUCUAAAACUCAGAAAUGGACCAAAUCUGGUCUACCGACUACCUGCUACCUUUGCCUACAUAUUGGUUUUGGGGGAAUGAAAAAGGGGAAUGCUUUGGUAUAAGCGCUUAUUAAUAAAUGAAACUUUAUAUAAUAUAAAUGGAUGCAGAAUUUUCCAAAUCCUACCAACUGGCUCCAUAGAGCUAAAACCCACACAUUGCUUUGUUCUGUAUGUUAUUGGUUUUUAAGAUUUCAACUUAAGAAGUUAGGAUCAAAAAACUUUUUAAAAGAUUUCAUACUUUGAGGAAGACUGGAAAACAAAAUGAAACACCAAAAUCAACUAAAAUAUUAAUAGAGUAUUAUUACCAUUUAACACUGAAUUACAUGUAAAUUAUCAUGUAACCUGAAUUCAUCCUUAUUUUGCCUCUUAUCAAAAUGCUCUUCUGACAUUUAUAUAUGUGUAUCUUACACAUAAUGUAAUAAUAAUCACUCUGUAUGAUGAAAAAUGUUUCUAACACAUAUUAAAACAUUGUAGAACAUUGAAGAUUUUUUAAAAAAUGAAAUCUUCAGUUUCUUAUAGGGCUAUUAUAUAUUUAUCCCAGUAAUUUUUAAAGAUAAGUUAAAACAAAAACAAUCUUUUGCUUGUUACAUAUAUAUUUUGUUUUAUAAAUGUUUUUAAAGAGACUUAUUGGGAAAAUCAUUUAGUGUCAAAUUCUAAAACCAAUUGUCAUUGUAUAUAGUCAACCUAUGUCUAAGUAAAAUAAACCACCUAUUUUAAAUUCCAUG